AAUAUACAGUAAUAACAUCGUAUUAUCCUCUAUUUAUCAGAUAACUCUCUUUAGGGCAGAGGAAAAAUAAAGGUUUUCGUAAAAUUUUGGCUCUUUUAGUAAAAUAUGAGCAGAGGUGUUUAGUAUUCUCCCUUUGUUUAUUGAUUGUGAAAUGUAUUAAUGGAGGGAACUUUAAAUAUUGGGAAAGAUUUUAAUAGAUUUUUCGUCAAAACUUCAAUAUAUCAAUGGCCCAAAGCUCAGCAUUUGUAAAUUGUCCCGUCUGCUCACGAUCGUUUGUCAGCUGGACCAUAAACCAGCAUAUCGAAGAAUGUCUGCAGCGAAGCGAAGAUAAGACUGCACCAUCGGGAUCGAACAAAAAUGAUCAGUUGAGCACAACCCAUUCUCUGAAUACAUUGUCAAAAAGUCCAGAGAUCACGCAUAACAGAAAGAGUUUAAAGUCGACUGACUCUGGUUCUUGCAACAGGUUGUCAAACAGUCCAGAAAUUGACGAAAGUACAAAGAAUAUGGCUUCCUUUCGUAGUCCCCCUCUCAAGAGAGCGAAGGUGGAAAGUUUUAAAACCGGACCAGUUGUGAAUACUCAAACAAAAGGAGGUACAUCAAAACAAAACGAUCAAACACCGAGAAGGAACAAGUUUGUUCCACUAGCAGAGAAACUACGUCCUAAAACACUAGAAGAGUAUGUUGGUCAAGCUAAAGUUCUUGGGGAGAGGUCUAUGCUUAAGAAGCUCUUGGAGUCUCAUGAUGUUCCAUCCAUGAUAUUCUGGGGACCACCAGGCUGUGGCAAGACAACACUGGCUAAUAUCAUUGCAAACAAUACAAAACAAGCAAGUGCAAUGAGGUUUGUGAAACUGUCAGCAACCAUGUCUGGGGUUGCUGAGGUCAAAGAAGUCAUUAAAAUAGCAAAGAAUGAACAAUCGCUAUUUCAACGAAAGACAAUCCUGUUUGUUGAUGAAAUACAUCGAUUCAACAAGAUGCAACAGGAUACAUUUCUACCACAUGUUGAAAAUGGCACAAUCACAAUGAUUGGUGCAACCACUGAAAACCCAUCAUUCCAUGUGAACACAGCAUUACUCAGCCGAUGUCGAGUUAUUGUGCUUGAGAAAUUGUCCACAGAAAAUCUCAUGGCAAUACUUGCAUCUGGUGUCAGCGCUCUUGGAGGAGUGGUGUGUGAUAAUGUCAAAGAUAUUUCUUUAUACAAUGGUGAUGAAUCAAGCAGAGAUGUAAAGAUUGCUGUGGAAAAAGAUUCGUUACGUUUGCUCGCCAAUUUAUGCGAUGGUGAUGCACGAAAUGCUUUGAAUGGUUUAGAAAUGGCAGUUCAGUCGAAAUUGAAUAGCCAGCAGAGUCAUUCAAGGCCUCCUUUGAUCACAGUUGCUGAUACAAAGGAAAGUUUUCAAAGAUCUCAUGUGUCGUACGAUCGUAAUGGAGAGGAACAUUACAACAUCAUCUCAGCCUUGCAUAAAUCUGUGCGUGGUGGAGAUGAUAAUGCAGCGUUGUAUUGGUUGGGGAGGAUGUUGGUUGGUGGGGAAGAUCCCAUGUAUAUUGCAAGAAGAUUGGUGAGAAUGGCUAGUGAAGAUAUAGGACUUGCAGACCCGCAGGCUUUGAAUCAAGCUGUUUCAGCAUUUCAAGCGUGUCAUUUCAUUGGUCGACCUGAAUGUGAUGUUAUCCUGGCUCAAGCAGCCGUUUAUCUCGCGAGAGCUCCGAAGUCUGUCGAGGUUUACAAGGCGUAUGGUAAGGUCGCAGAACAUAUCAAAUCCUACGAGGGAACAUUACCCGGGGUUCCACUGCAUCUCCGCAACGCUCCCACCAAACUUAUGAAAAAUCUUGGUUAUUCAAAAGGGUACAAAUAUAACCCGGACUACGAUGGUCCCGUUGACCAGGAGUAUCUACCCUCGGAAUUGAAGGGAAUCGACUUUUUCAAAGAUGGAAAAUAGGAAAAUGUAUAUAAUACCCCGUUCGCCUCUCACAGAUUCCCAACUUGUGAUAAAUUUAGCCAGCACUCUGGCAGACAGGUAAAUUGUUGCGUUAACAAGCAAAUAUGGAUUGCAAUUUGUGUUGACUGAAUAAUUAGAAUAGAAAGUUAUGAUUGAUAGAAACAUAUAUCAAAAGGAAAAAAUAUUUUUAUUUAUCAAAAAUUUAAAUACGCCUAUGCUUAUAUAAAAUACGCUUUCAUUGAAA